AUGUCUUUUCAAUCCCACGAAGCUGCCGAAUACUUAGAAAACCUUCUAGCUUCCACUGGAAACCGGGAAGUCGAAGGUUACUUAACCACACCUCAGUUAAGCAAUGUGCCCUCGGUUUCGUUUCCAAACGUACAUUAUAAUAAUAUGGCUUCAGUAUUCGCUGCAAACAACGUCUU